UUUCCAAUGUUUCCAAUGUGUCCUAUGUUUCCUUGUUCCUUAUAAAAUGGAUCCAUUCUUAGUUCCAAACUCAAAACUCUUCUUUCUUCUUCAUUAACAAUUUCAAGUUUCUUCCCAUUUGACAACAAUGGCGGACGAAGUGAAACUGCUGGAUUUCUGGCCGAGCAUGUUCGGGAUACGAGUUAGAAUAGCCCUGGCCGAGAAGGGCGUAGCGUAUGAAUACAUGGAACAAGAUCUGAGGAACAAGAGCCCUUUGCUUCUGCAGAUGAACCCAAUUCACAAGAAGAUCCCUGUUCUUGUCCAUAAUGGAACACCCAUUUGUGAAUCUUCCAUUAUCCUUCACUACAUCGAUGAAGUUUGGAAGGACAAAGCUCCUCUCCUCCCCUCUGAUCCUUAUCAGAGGGCUCAGGCCAGAUUCUGGGUGGAUUUCAUCGACAAGAAGCUUUGUGAUGCGGGGAGGAAGGUAUGGGGCGGGAAGGGAGAAGAGGCGGAGGCAGGGAUGAAGGAGCUGAUUGGAGUUCUGAAGCAGCUGGAAGAGGUUCUAGGGGAGAAGGGUUUCUUCGGAGGGGAGCGUUUGGGGUUUGUAGACAUUGCUUUGAUUGGAUUCUACAGUUGGUUUUAUAGCUAUGAGGUGUUUGGUAAGUUGAGCAUAGAGGCCGAGUGUCCCAAGAUAAUGGGUUGGGCGAAGAGAUGCUUGGAGAAGGAGAGUGUUUCCAAGUCCUUGCCUGACUCCAAGAAGGUCUAUGACUGCGCGGUUCAAAUGAAGAAAGCACAUGGCCUUGAAUGAACAAAUCUGCUGUUCCUCCUCUCCAAUAAAGGGCAUGACCCUGCUUUUAGUUCUUGAAAUAAAGGCCAUGCAUGUGUUUUGAUUUGUGUUAUAAAAGCUAUUUCAAAGAGUAUUUGUUAUA